AUGCCGCCUAAACCGCCACCGAAACCUCCAAAAAGGACGGACGAAAAGUCAUCUGAACAAAAGAAGGCGGCACAUCCCCCACCUCCCACUGGACCGCCGCCAGGGCUUUCGAGAGGGGCUUCAGGAGCGCCACCUGCCAAAAAGCCCAAGAAUGGGACUCAGGUCCCUCCACCCCCUCCUGGCCUAAAAACUACGAGGACGCUACCUCCUCCACCUCCAGGUGCCCCAGGAGGUAUAAAAGCCUCAAAGAAAGAGUCUCGGGAAAAGGAAUUGGAGACCAGAGCCCGUAGCUGGUUACAACUGCAAAAACGUCGGUAUAGGGAAAGUAACCUGAAAUCGCACGGCGUUGUUCAGACGCGCAAAAUUGAGAUGCCCAAAGAGCAUCUGCGAAAGAUUCUGAACGACCAAGGAGAUUUAUCGUCAAAGAAGUUCUCUCAAGAAAAGAGAUCCAUACUUGGCUCUUUGAAAUACAUGCCUCAUGCAGUUCUCAAGCUACUGGAAAACAUGCCCCAGCCUUGGGAGGCAGUGAAGGAGGUGCGAGUCAUAUAUCACCAGAGUGGAGCUAUCACUUUUGUGGACGAGAUCCCGCGCGUGAUUGAGCCUGUUUACAUUGCACAAUGGGCUACGAUGUGGUUACAGAUGCGUCGUGAAAAGAAAGACAGACGACAUUUCAAGCGAAUCAAGUUUCCUGUAUUUGACGACGAAGAGCCACCUAUAAAUUUUAGCGAGAAUAUCGAGGACCUGGAGCCGUUGGACGCUAUACAGAUGGAACUCCAGGAUGUCGAGGAUUUACCAGUUGCUGACUGGAUUUAUGACGAAAAACCAUUGGUGGAUGAUAGAUCGCGAAUGAAUGGGCCGUCCUACCGGGCCUGGAGACUAGAUUUGGAUAUCAUGGCCACUUUAUACCGACUUUCGACGCCAUUGGUGGACGAUAUUUUUGACCCGAAUUUCCACUAUUUAUUCGACAACGAGUCUUUCUUCACAGCCAAGGCAUUGAAUGUGGCUCUUCCUGGAGGACCCAAAUUCGAGCCGUUACAAAAAGAUAUUGACCCUGAACACGAAGAUUUCAAUGAGUUCAACAGUCUCGACAGAAUCAUCUUCCGAAACCCGAUCAAGUCCGAGUAUCGCGUCGCAUUUCCCCAUCUUUACAACUCUUCGGUCAGAGGUGUCCAGCUUGCUUGGUAUCAUCACAACAGCGUUGUAUUCAGCCGCAAGGAGGAUCCAGAACUGCCUGCUUUCCAAUUUCAAGCUAAUUACAACCCAGUGACUCCUAAGAAGGAAGUAAUUGAUGAUACUGAUUUUGAAGAGGACAGAGAGUUUGAAAUUGACGUUCAGCCGUUCAUGGAGGACCAGAGCCUAGAGCCCGAAAAUACGUACGAGGCCAUAGAGCUUUUGUGGGCACCGUAUCCGUUCAACAAACGCAGCGGCCGCACAGUCCGAGCCGAAGACGUGGCGUUGGUCAAGAGCUGGUAUUUGCAGCACGCACCACGAGAUCUCCCGGUUAAGGUGCGUGUUUCGUAUCAGAGGCUUCUGAAAACUCAUGUGGCCAAUGAAUUGCACAAGACUGUGCCAAGUACGCAGGGAAAGGCCAAGUUGCUAAAAGAGCUGAAAAAUACCAAGUUUUUCCACCAGACCACCAUCGACUGGGUUGAGGCAGGACUGCAGGUGUGUCGCCAGGGUUACAACAUGCUCAAUUUGAUGAUCCACCGUCGAGGACUUACCUAUUUGCAUUUGGACUACAACUUCAACCUCAAGCCUACCAAGACGCUGACCACCAAGGAGCGCAAAAAGUCACGUUUUGGUAACGCUUUCCAUUUGAUAAGAGAGAUCCUAAGAGUUGUCAAGCUCAUUGUCGAUGCCCACGUACAAUAUAGACUUGGAAACGUGGAUGCAUUCCAGCUGGCUGACGGUAUCUACUAUGCACUGAACCAUCUGGGCCAGCUGACGGGAAUUUACAGAUACAAAUAUAAGGUGAUGCACCAGAUCAGAGCGUGCAAGGACCUGAAACAUGUGGUUUACUACCGGUUCAAUGCUGUGAUCGGCAAAGGCCCGGGAUGCGGAUUUUGGCAGCCGGCCUGGCGUGUUUGGAUCUUUUUUAUGCGCGGAAUAGUUCCGCUUCUAGAGAGAUGGUUGGGCAAUCUACUUGCUCGUCAGUUUGAGGGCAGACAGAGCAAAGAGGUGGCCAAGACGAUCACGAAGCAGCGCGUGGACUCCUACUACGACCUGGAGUUGCGUGCCGCCGUUUUGCAUGACAUUUUGGACAUGAUUCCAGAAGGAAUCAAGCAAAAUAAAAGCAAAGCGAUCCUGCAGCAUUUGAGCGAGGCCUGGAGAUGCUGGAAAGCAAACAUUCCGUGGAAUGUUCCGGGAAUGCCAGAGCCUAUUAAGAAAAUCAUUGAGCGAUACGUGAAAGCAAAGGCCGACGGCUGGAUCUCUGUUGCUCAUUACAACCGUCAACGAAUCAAGGCUGGUGCUGCGGUGGACAAAGCCGUUGCCAAAAAGAAUCUGGGGAGACUGACAAGACUCUGGGUGAAGAAUGAACAGGAAAGACAGCAGAAUUUCCAGAAGGAAGGGCCAUACGUGACGCCUCAGGAAGGAGUCUCUAUCUAUAUGACGAUGGUCCAUUGGCUUGAGAGCCGUAAGUUCAUUCCAAUACCAUUUCCUCCCGUCAACUACAAGCACGACACCAAGAUCCUUGUUCUUGCGCUGGAAAACUUGAAGGAGACCUACAACGCGAAGGGCCGGCUCAAUUCGCAAGAACGAGAGGAGCUCGCGCUUAUUGAACAGGCAUACGACAACCCGCACGAAUUUUUGGCCAACAUCAAAAAGACUAUUUUGACACAGCGUAAUUUCAAGGAAGUCACUUUAGAAAUGAUGGACUACUACAGCCACAUAGUUCCUGUCUAUGAUGUUGAGCCUUUAGAAAAAAUUGUGGACGCUUAUCUCGACCAGUAUCUCUGGUACGAGGCAGAUAAGCGUGGCCUGUUUCCGAAUUGGGUCAAGCCUAGCGACAACGAGAUCCCGCCGUUACUGGUGUACAAGUGGUGUCAGGGAAUUGCCAAUUUGCAGAACGUUUGGGACGUUUCCGAAGGCCAGUGCAAUGUGCUUUUGCAGACGAAUUUGAACAAGCUGGCUGAGAAAGUCGACUUUACGCUGCUGAACCAGCUUCUCAGACUGAUCGUCGACUCUAGCAUUGCGGAUUACCUGACCGCCAAAAACAAUGUUGGGAUUACCUUUAAGGACAUGAACCACGUGAACCAGUACGGCCUGAUCCGUGGCCUGCAGUUCUCGUCAUUCAUCUUUCAAUACUAUGGCUUGGUUGUGGACCUUCUGCUUCUGGGGCUGGAGAGAGCGUCCGAGAUAGCUGGCCCGCCUCAGCGGCCAAACGAUUUCUUGGAGUUCACAGAUAUCCAGACACAGUGCAAGUCGCCGAUAAGAAUCUAUUCGCGGUACGUGGACAAGGUGCAUAUUUUCUUCCGGUUCUCGCAAAGCGAGGCGGACGAGCUGAUCCAGGAGUUUUUGGCAGAGAACCCAGACCCGAACUUUGAACACAUUGUUGGCUACAACAACCGGCGAUGCUGGCCGCGUGACUCGCGAAUGAAGCUCAUGCGACACGACGUCCAUCUGGGACGUGCUGUUUUCUGGGAGAUGCAAGGCCGUGUUCCAGACUCGAUUGUUUCGAUAGACUGGGAAGAUACGUUGGCAUCAGUGUAUUCCAAAGAUAAUGCGAAUAUUCUUUUCACGAUGUGCGGGUUCGACGUCCGGAUUAUUCCUAAGGAGCGCAUGUUGGAAGACACGAGCUCCAAGGAGGGGGUGUGGGACCUGUACGAUGAAAAUAGCAAGGAAAGUGUGGCCAAGGCGUACUUGCAAGUUUCGCAGGAGUCUGUGGAGGAAUUCAAUAAUAGAGUGCGGCAGAUAUUGAUGACGUCGGGCUCGGCCACGUUUACGAAAGUGGCCAGUAAAUGGAACACGACGCUGCUCUCGAUGUUUGCCUAUUUCCGUGAGGCUGUAAUUUCGACCGAGCCGCUGCUCAAUGCGAUUGUCAAGAACGAGACCCGAAUCCAGACUCGGAUCAAGCUUGGACUCAACUCCAAGAUGCCGUCCCGGUUCCCACCAGCCGUCUUCUACACGCCUAAAGAGCUCGGCGGACUGGGCAUGUUGAGUGCUUCGCAUAUUUUAAUUCCUGCUUCCGACUUGCGCUGGUCCAAGCAGACCGACACUGGAAUCACGCAUUUCCGGUCUGGACUGACCCACGACGACGACCGUCUCAUUCCGACAAUAUACAGAUACAUCACGACGUGGGAGAACGAGUUUUUGGACUCGCAAAGGGUCUGGUCAGAGUUUGCGAUUAAGCGGGCCGAGGCGGAGCAACAGCGGCGCAGACUCACCUAUGAGGACCUGGAAGAAAAUUGGGACCGUGGUAUUCCGCGAAUCAGUACUUUGUUUCAGAAAGACCGACAGACACUGGCCAUUGACAAAGGGUUCCGAGUCAGAAAGGAGUUCAAGCAGUUUUCCGUGUCCCGAAACAAUCCGUUCUGGUGGAUAUCCGACCGCCACGACGGUAAGCUGUGGAAUUUAAAUGCAUACAGAUCAGACGUUAUACAGGCUCUUGGUGGAAUAGAAACGAUUCUGGAGCACACCUUGUUCAAAGGUACCGGAUUUGAGUCCUGGGAAGGUCUUUUCUGGGAGAAAGCGUCUGGAUUUGAGGAUACGCUCAAGUUCAAGAAACUCACCAAUGCGCAGCGUUCUGGAUUGUCUCAAAUCCCGAACCGUCGGUUCACGCUGUGGUGGUCACCAACCAUCAAUAGAGCCAACGUGUAUGUUGGUUUCUUGGUCCAGCUGGACCUGACAGGUAUCUUCCUCCAUGGAAAGAUUCCAACGUUGAAAAUAUCGCUUAUUCAAAUAUUCCGUGCGCAUUUGUGGCAAAAGAUUCACGAGAGCAUUGUCGUGGACCUUUGCCAGGUGCUGGACUCGCAGCUCGACGAAUUACAAAUUGACAGCGUUGAGAAAAUGGCCAUCCAUCCAAGAAAGUCGUACAAGAUGAACUCGUCGACGGCCGAUAUUCUGCUCACAAGCUCUUUCCAAUGGCCAUGCAGCCGUCCAUCGUUGCUCUUUGACACAAAUGACCAGAUGAACGCCGUCAAGUCAGACAAGUUCUGGCUCGAUGUGCAGCUGAGAUAUGGAGACUACGACUCCCACGAUAUCUCGAGGUACGCCAGAGCCAAGUUCCUGGAUUACACGAGCGAUGCCACGAGCACGUAUCCAAGCCCUACGGGACUGCUUAUUGCCGUUGAUCUGGCGUACAACAUGUACGAUGCGUAUGGAAACUGGUUCCCGGAGCUGAAGCCGCUGAUCCAGAACGCCAUGAAAACUAUCAUGAAAAUGAACCCGGCCUUGUACGUUCUCCGCGAGAGAAUCCGCAAAGGACUGCAAUUGUACCAGGCCCAGCCGCAGGAGGCGUUUUUGUCAUCGAGUAAUUACGCAGAGCUGUUCAACAACGAGAACAAACUCUUUGUGGACGACGUCAACGUGUAUCGAGUGGUCACACAUAGCACUUUUGAAGGCAAUACUGCUGUCAAGUGUCUCAAUGGAGCGCUUUUCAUUCUGAACCCUAGAACAGGCCAGCUGUUCCUCAAGAUCAUCCACAGCUCCGCGUUCCAGGGCCAGAAGAGACGGACACAGCUGUCCAAAUGGAAGUCUGCAGAGGAGGUUGCGGCUCUGGUCCGCUCGCUUCCGCGCGAAGAACAGCCCAAACAGCUCAUCAUCACCAGAAAGGGUAUCCAGGAUCCUUUGGAGGUGCACAUGCUGGACUUUCCUAAUAUCCAAAUCCGGCCCUCGGAGCUGCAUCUGCCGUUCGGAGCGGCUCUCAAGAUCGACAAGCUGCUGGACAUUGUCAACAUGGCCAAGGAGCCGCAGAUGGUACUCUUCAACAUAUACGACGACUGGAUGAAGACUUGUUCGUCGUUCACGGCGUUCAACCGACUCGUUGUCAUUAUGCGUGGGCUGGAAAUAAAUAAGGAGCGCACAAAGCUGAUUCUGCGUCCAGACUCCUCUAUCGAGACCAAGCCUCACCAUCUGUGGCCAUCGCUCAGCGACGAACAGUGGCGCAAUGUGGAAACGCAGCUGGCAGACCUGAUUUUGAGCGACUAUGCUUCCAAAUAUAACGUCGACAUAAACUCGCUCACCGACACAGAGAUCAGAGACAUCAUUCUCGGACAGGACAUCCGUGCUCCUUCGGCCAAACAGCAGAGUGUUGCAGACAUAGAGGGUACUGCCGAGCCGGCUUCGCAGCUGACUGCGGUGAAAACAGAAACCACCAAUGUUCAUGGCGAAAAAAUCACCACUGUCACCACCACAAACCACGAACAGGCAAAAUUCGAGUCGCGGACAGACUGGCGGCUCCGCGCGAUUUCCAGCGGCAGUCUCCAUCUCCGUGCGAAGAAGGUUUUCGUUUCGUCGGGCGACUUUGCUGACACCGACAGCUAUGCUUAUGUCAUGCCAAAAAACAUCCUCUCCAAGUUCAUCAAGAUGGGAGACGUGCGGACGCAGGUUGCCGCGUACAUGUUUGGGCGCUCUCCAGCCGACAAUUCGCAGGUGAAGGAGAUCAUCAGCCUGGUUGUAGUUCCGCAGGUUGGCGACAACCACCGGGUGGAGCUUCCCUCCUCGCUACCAAGUUCGCCGUAUCUCGACGGUCUCGAGCCGCUUGGCUGGAUCCAUACCGUUCCUGCCGGCAAGUCGAGCGAGGGCGAUGACUGCAUGGAGCUGCUGACUCAUUGCAAACUCAGCUCACAAUUUAAUUGGAACGCCAUGUCGAGCGUCAUCAACGUUGCAUUCACUCCUGGCUCGGUCACACUCUCCAGUGUUUCUCUGACUCCAGAGGGCUAUAAAUGGGGCCAGACGCACCUAGACGCUCUUGGAUCGAUGUUGGUUGCUCCAGGCUACUCGGAGGAGUUCAGGAAGAAGACGCCGCUGAUUUUGACGGACAAAUUAAAAGGAUACUUCCUGGUGCCAGACAUCGAUACAUGGAAUUACUCGUUUAUUGCAAAUGCGUGGACCGAGGACUUCGAGUUUGAUCUCAAACUGGAUAACCCGAUUCCCUUCUACCACGAGCUCCACCGUCCGCUGCACUUCACUCUGUUUGACAGAACAGAGACUGCGUUGGAGGCCGGCCAGGAGAACGUGUUUGCUUAA